AUGCAUAUUGAUCGUAAGCAAUGGGAUCUUGAGGUUUUACAUGAUUUGUUUGAGGCAAGGGAUAUUGGCUUGAUAAUGCAGGUUCCACUAAGUGAUCAUGUUAAUGUUGAUUCUUGGUUUUGGAGUAAGGAGCCGAUAGAGUUGAAAGGUGAACGGGGCCUUCAGUUGGAGCCUGAAUUAUGGAGGGCUCUAUGGAAAGUCAAAGUUCCUCCCAAGGUUCUUCACUUAGCGUGGAAAGCCAUCUCGGGGUGCUUACCAACUCGUUCCCAGUUACGUACUAAACAUGUUCCUGUUGACCCCCGCUGUGUGUUCUGCAACUCUGAUGAAGAAACCAUUGUCCAUGUUUUGGGUAGAGUGGCCUUGGUGGAUGAGCUAUUGAUGGUGGCAUGGGGUAUUUGGAAAGCCCGAAAUGAGUUUCUUUGGCAGGGUCGUUCUUCUCAGGCUGUGAAUGUGGUUCGAAUGGCUAGGUCUACACUUUAUAAUUGGUUGUUGGCUCAGAAAAGUAGGUUUGAACCGCUGUUAUUUGAUGAUGUUGUUGCUAGUAGCAGUGUGUGUUGGGAGAAGCCGCCUGCUGGGAUGUUGAAAAUCAAUACUAAUGGGGCGAUUUUUGCUGCAACGACUCAGUAUGGUACGGGUAUGGUCAUUAGAGAUUCUCAUGGGAAGCUAAUCGAAGCUAGCUCUUCUCUGUAUCCUAGGGUUUGUCAGCCAGCUGUUGCUGAAGCUUUGAGUGUCAAGGAGGCUCUCUGUUGGUUGAAGAGGAGGAACUUGUCGAAUGUGCUAUCGAGACAGACUGCAUUGCUGUUGUUCAAGCUAUUAAUAGCUCGAUUGCACUUCCAUCUGUUUUUGGCAGCACAUUGUGUUGCUUGCGGUGCUUAUUUUUGGUCUGAUCGUCUUUUUACUGAGAGCAAUGUUCCCUCUGCUUUUCAAUUUAUUGUAAUAGCGGAUAUUGCUAUCUAA